AUGGCCUUAAUAAAGCAAGCAGGUUUUAUCUAUUUAUUUGAUUCACAUGCCAGAGAUUUCAGUGGCAUGCCUGAUCCAAAUGGCACUGCGGUUGUCAUGAAAUUUACUAAUAUUCUAGAGUUAGAACAAUAUUUGUAUUGCCUUUCAAUGAACUUACAUACCAAUUCAUUUGAAAUUGUACCUGUGCAAUUAAAUAAAUGUAAUGCUUCAGAGCAAAAGAGUAAGUGUGCGAAAUAUCAUGAAUACCAUAAAAAAGGCUUUCAGUAGAAUCUGAAGGUGAUAAAAAAGCUAGACUUAAAAAAGCUAGUGAGUAUAAAAAAAGAAAGUAUUCAGAAGAAACUUAUAGCGAACAAGAAAUUAGACUUCAAAAGGAUCGCGAGUCUAAAAAAAGAAAGCGGUCAGAGGAAACUGACAGUGAUAGACAAAUCAGGCUUGAGAAAGAUAGACUUAAUAAAAAACAAAAGCGGGCAAAAAAAGUGUCACAGCCUCGACAUGAAAUAUUAAAUCAACAGGAUUAUUUGAAUCUGUUUGACAACACCAUUAAUGGUGGUAUUGAAGAGCAAUGUUGGGCUAAGGCUAACAUUAAUAAGUUUAAUAAGUCUGUGCAAUACAUUGUCAGUCAGUGUACAGAAUGUCAGGAGGCAUGGCCCUUGAAGUCUAAACCAAGGACACCUUACAUAUGUUCCCGAUGCUCCAGAGAUAAAAAAUCUCCUAAAAAGUUUUCUUGUGAAAAUUCAAUGAUACCUUCAUGUGUUCCACAUGAAUUGCAGAAUUUAACUCAGAUUGAGGAAAUGUUAAUUGCUCGUGCUUUGCCUAUCAUGAGAGUUUAUAUUAAACCUGGUGGUCAACGAAGUUAUUCGGGGCAUUGUAUUAACCUGCCACAAAAUGUCAAAGAACUUGCAAUGUCUUUGCCAAGAUAUCCUAAAGAUUUAGCUGUGAUUAUUGUCAAGGCUAAAGGUAGAGAAAACACAUUCAAAGAUGUGACCGUGCGAAAGAAAAAAGUGCACAAUGCUUUAGUUUGGCUUAUCAAUAAUAAUCCUCACUAUUCUGAGUUAUUAAUUAAUAAAGAUGCAUUAAAUUCCUUACCUGAAGAUGGUGUACCACCAGGUCUUAUGACUGUUGAGACUGAUGAUGAUAUAGUCUCAGAUGACAAUUGUUCUCCUGAUGUAGGCCCUCCUACUGAUAAUCCAUCAGAAGAUAUUGUUUACAAUGACUCAACUGAAAUGAGUAGUUUUUACCUGUUGGUGAACAACAACAGCAGGAAAUUGAAGCUGUUAGAAACCAGCUGUCUGAAAAUGAGCCAAUGCCAUGGCCCUCAGUUGAAAAUGAGCCUUUAA